AUGGUGCGUCCAACGGUCCCAAGUUGGCGCCUCUCCAUCACUGCGGUUGUGGGUGCCGCGUGCGGUUUCGGUUGUCUUCUGGCCGGCUUUGCAGGUGCCUCUUUGACAGGGCUUCCUGGCGUGUUUGACCCAAGCCUGGAGGCUGCAGCUGUGGAAGGUGUCCGCGAGUAUCUGGCACAAGUGCGCAAUGGAAGCCUUGAGCGGCUUUCUCGCAUUACUGUUGAGCCGCCGGCUCUGGUAUCUGUUCGGGCGGACACUGCCGUCGGACCCGACAUGCCCUUUGAAGAGCAGAGCGAUCCUUUUUCUCCCACCGACAUGUCAGGAAUUGGUGCGGUGGAUCACACGAUGCGAGGUGGCAUGCGUCAACCGUCCUUCAGGUGGGGUGACCCAAACCUCACAGUAACCGGAGCGCGGCCGCACCACAGCUCUGCGUCCACCGGACAAACACCGACCAGGCCGGGCGCUACAGCGACAACGACGCCAUGGCCGGGCAAUUCCCGAGAAGGCAGAGGCAAAGACGCAACAAAGAGCGCAUUUCCAGCGCCCUAG